GCCGGGUUCUGGUCGGAACCUCGUGGGUUCGGACGGCAUCCCUGCAGGUCCUGGAGGAAGGACGGUAACGCGGAGGGCUGCCUCGGCCCUCGCGCUGCCCUCCACUCGACUCCGCCACGCCGCGAGUCGGGAAGCCCGAGGCUGGCAGCGGGAGGCGGGGGCCGGGAUGGGAAACCCACUUAGCCCAAAGUCUCGGCCCUCCCGAGAGGCUUCCUGCAGAGCGGCUGGCCAUAGGACGCCCUCCUGGGGAAGAGCCCGGUGACAGUGCAGGCUGCCACUGGGACCUGCCCUGCUCACGUGCGCCUGGCCCCUUAGGUGGAGAUGCUUCAAGUAGAACACUAGCCGCAGCUCCUGCCGCCCGUGAACUGCACGGUGGAAAGAUGAGGAUAUUACGUGGGAGGGCGUCAGUGCCCUUUGGGGAUGCCUGCCCUGCCAGGACCCAGCUGGGACGGUUUGGGAAGCAAACAGGCAGGUAUCUCCAAACAGGACAUUCGUGAGCAAAUUUGGGACUACAUGGAAUCACAAAAUUUAGCUGACUUUCCCCGACCUGUUCAUCACAGGAUCCCCAACUUCAAGGGCUCAGCUCGUGCCGCGGAGCACUUCCCGCGUUUGCAGGGUUCUCAUCGGGCUUGCCAGAACAUCAGAGACCUAGAAGUUUUUGCCAGGACGCAGGAAGUGAAGGUGGACCCUGACAAGCCUCUGGAAGGCGUUCGGCUGCUGGCCCUGCAGUGCAGAGCGGGCCCUCGGAACGGGUUUCUCCUGCGCAUCCAGCAGCUCGGAGAUGAAGGGGGUCCACUGAGGCCCAGAGCCUGUGUGGGGCAGAGCAAAAAAACCUUGCUGGUUCCAACACCGCGACUGAGAACAGGAUUAUUUAAUAGGAUCACACCUCCUCCUGGAGCAAAUAAAGACAUGUUGAGAAAAUGUGCCACUUCUCAGGGCGUGAGGAGCUUCAGCGUGCCCGUCGGCUUGGAUGCCAGCGUCCUUGUGGAUUUAGUCGUGGUGGGAUCUGUUGCUGUUUCUGAAAAAGGCUGGAGGAUUGGGAAGGGAGAAGGUUACGCCGAUCUCGAAUACGCCAUGAUGGUGUCGAUGGGAGCUGUCCACGAGGGGACGCCAGUGGUCACCAUCGUCCACGACUGCCAGGUGGUGGACUUCCCCGAGGCGCUCCUUGGGGACCAUGACCUCACCGUGGACUACAUCCUCACUCCAACCAGGCUCAUCUCCACGGGCUGCAGGCGCCCAAAGCCAGCAGGAAUCACCUGGUCCAAGAUCAGCCGUGAGAUGCUGGAGAAAAUCCCAGUACUCAGAAGCCUCCGGGAGCGGGAGAAGCGGGCCGGGAAGGACGUCUCUCUUCAGGCUGAGCACAAGCCGCUCCUGGGACCUGCCAGCCAGCGCCCAGCGGCCCCAAGCACUGUCAGGAGACCCCAGGAUGCGUCCCGGCCGGGGGCAGAUUCCCCGGAAGCAGCCUGUAGCCCCCUGGGUGGGGAGGGCGUGCUGGCCACUGUGUGUGUGGGGAACCUCCCCCGUGACGCCCGCGUCAGUGACCUGAAGAGAGCCCUCCGAGAGCUCGGGGUGGCGCCCUUGCAGCUCACCUGGCGGGGGCUGCGGCACAGGGCGUUGCUCCACUACCAGGACCUGGCCGCGGCCCAGCGGGCUGUCUCCUGCUUGCAGGGUCUGCACCUGGGUGCCAGUGCCUUGACUGUGGCACUGGCCAGACCCCAGAAGGACAAGUGACCUGGUGGGCUUCCCUUGGCAGCCAGAGCCACCCUGGGGAGACCGUGCGACACCCUGCCCUGUGGAGGUGGGUGCUUUCUGAGGCUCCUGCACUUCCUCCCAUGUGUUGCUGAUUGCCUUGUGUGUGGGUCCCUGGGCCUGAGCUCUGGGCCCCUGGGCCUCCCACCUCCCAUGGGGAGCACUUCCUUGUGGUUGGCACCUUUUCCUGGCGCUGUGCCGUUGGGACAGCAGCUCGCUGUCUUGCUCGCGCCCUGCCCUGCACCAGCGCUGGGGCAGCCCUGGGCCACAGGAAACAGCGGUGCAGGUGGUCCAUCAGAGCUGAGAGGGCUGUGGCCCUGACGCCACCACCUCAGCUCCUGUGCCCAGCCGUGCCCAACACCAGUGCCACCCUCGCGCACAAGCCAGUGAACAAUGACUUCAGGUGACCCUGUCCCUUGGGCUUUCUGUCAUGCAGCAGGAAAAUGGUAUGAAAAAAACUGAAACCAAGUGUCUAAAGGAUGAAUUCUCCAAAUGUAUCAGCCUGCAGCACUCGUACAACCGAUGCCCACCUCCUCGGGAGGCCUGGGGGGGACGGCGAGGGGCAGUUCUGCAGGCCGCAGUGGGCCCGGGCCGUGGCAGGGCAAGAGCUGGACUCCCAGCCGUGGGCAGGCUGCGCGGGUGAUGACAAGGGCAGAGUGGAAGUGACUGCUGGCGGUGCCAGGACCGUGGGUCGGGGACCGUGGCGUGUGGCUGUGCCCGGGUGGGGACAGGUGUGCGGAAUCAGCAGUUUCCAGAAGGGCUCCUCUAAUGCUGUGGUGAUGAGCACUAGCCCCUGGGACCGGAGUCUGGCUUGCAGACUGGUGCUGUCCUGUGCUGUCAGGCUGUGCAGCUGGUCCGGGUUUGGCCUCCUGUCUUCAGAACUGAGGGCCGAGCUGUGGCGUCUGGGCUCCUUAGGGGCCUCAUCUGCAGCCUUCUAAGACCCACUGGUCACUGCCACUUAGAUUUUUUUCUGUCUAUAAAAGUAAACGUCCUUCCUGGGGGAGUGGCCACGCCUGUAAUCCCAGCAGCUCAGGAGACUGAGGCAGAAGGAUCGCAGGUUCAGAGCCAGCCUCAGCAACUGAGCGAGGAACUUAGCAACUCAGUGAGACCCUGUCUCUAAUAAAAUUUUAAAAAGGGCUGGGGAUGUGACUCAGGGUUAAGCGCCCCGGUUUCAAUCCCCAGAACCAAAACAAACAAGCAAAAAAGCAAAUGUCCACCCUAGAAUUUUUGAAAGGUAAGAGUUGAAGAAGGACUUCCACCCAUGCUUCCUCAACCUGUUUCUUUCCUCUCUUUCCUCAGGCAGCUUAAAAGCAUGGUGAGGAUUAAGAGCUGGGGCUGCAGAAGGAAGCACCAGUUCUGCCCACAGGCAGGGGAGCACAAGGCCAUGGGUUCAUUUCCCUGAACCCCAUGUGGUCAUUUAAAGGCCUCCCAGUCUUACCCACUUCAGGAGGGGACGUAAGUGAGAGGACAGCAGGCUGCGUGGUCUGCCCAGAGAGCUCCCUGCACAGCCAGUGAGGCCUGGUCACCUCAGGGAGGAGUGGCCAGGGUCCUGCAGCAGCAUGGACAGCUGGCCCACAGGAUUAGCUGUUUGGCCACUGUCUGUCUCCAUUAAAAAGCAAAUGGAUGGGUAAGAAAAAAAUUCUUGGAAAUCAAAACCAUCAUGAAGUAAAAAGACUGGACAGAAGGUGAGACACAGGGCCUGUCAGAUGGGAAGGGCAGGCUGCAGGAUCCUCCCCGCAGGACCCCCGCCCCCCGAAGCCAGGCAGGUCAGACCUCCGCUUCGGCUACUGAAGGAUUUGGCUUCGUAGUGAAAACUUCAGGUUUGUUUGUUUGUUCUUAAUGUAAUAAAAACAAAAACAAGUAAUCGCUUGGAACCUGCCUUCCGGGCAGCUCAGGGCUCAUUGAAUAAAGUGACGCUUCCAGGAAUGACAGCUCAGUGGACACACCUGGGUUCCGAACGAGGCUGGACAUUCUGAAGACAGCUUCUCCCUGGAACAGCACCUACAUGUGGCAAGCAAGAUCCCGGCAGGACUGGGGCACUGGUGGGCUGGCUAGCACACGCCUCAGUGUCACAGACAGGCAGAGCUCAGGCUGGAGCCAGGCCCUGACGCUCCUCCAGGGUACUUGAUGGGCAGGUGGGUUCAGCCCCGCGUUUGUUGGAAAGGAUGUCCGCGUAGGAAUCCCUCUGGGAAGCAGACAACUCAGAUAUAAAGGUGCGAUAUGACUCCGGAAACAGCUGUGUAGUGUUCAAAAAUACCAAGGAAAGCGGAGGUCACCCCUUCAUCCAGAACCACUGUAAUGUCCAUGUGUUCUUUUCAGACAUCUGUUACUGUACUUAGGCUUUUUUAGUAUUACUUAAAUCAUUUUUGAACCAGAGGCCAAGAUAACUAUUCUUUAUAACCUGAACCUUUUCCUUCUCUGUUUCUGGAAUGCCAAAGGCGAAUCCUCGCCGUCCACAUGCACACGCAGGUGAGCCCUCCAUCCUGGAGCCUGGCUGGGAGCGCAGGCUGGUGCUCUUGGCCAGGCCCCACACGUACGGCUCCCUGCUGGUGGAGACGCUCUCCAGUGUCCCCAGGAAGCUGCCCGUGCCUGUGCCUCCCUGUCCUGCCACCAGCUGACUGCGCUGAGCCUGAUAAAGGUCAUCAUCGCUAG